CCAGAUACAGUGGUUAUGGCUAAGAACGAUGUGAAGCUUUUGGGUGCAUGGCCAAGCCCAUUUGUGAUGCGAGCACGCAUCGCCCUCAACAUCAAAUCCGUCGACUAUGAGUUACUCGAAGAGAAACUGGGAUCUAAGAGCCAACUCCUCCUUCAAUCCAACCCAGUGUACAAGAAAGUGCCCGUUCUCAUCCAUGAGCACAAACCCAUAUGCGAAUCCCUCAUCAUUGUCCAGUACAUCGACGAGGCUUGGUCCUCUGGACCCUCCAUCCUCCCUUCAGACCCUUAUGACCGCGCUAUUGCCCGCUUCUGGGGUGUCUACAUUGACGAUAAGUGGUUUCCGUUGCUGGGUGGGAUCGGGAAGGCUCAAGGAGAGGAGGCGAAAAAGGCGGCAGUAGAUCAAGUGCAUGAAGGGCUUAUGCUGUUAGAGGAGGCGUUCGGGAAGUGCAGCAAAGGGAAGGAUUUCUUUAGCGGGGAUCGAAUUGGUUACCUUGAUAUCGCUUUAGGGUGCUUCUUGGGGUGGGUGAGGGUGUCGGAGAAGAUGAAUGGCGUGAAGCUGCUUGAUGAAGCCAAGAUGCCUGGUCUGGCUAGCUGGGUGGAGAAGUUCUGUGCGGACAGUGCUGUGAAGGAUGUGAUGCCGGAUACCGAUAAACUUUCGGAGUUUGCUAGGAUGCUAAUCCAGUUCAAGGCCAACGCUCAUCCGCCGAACUCGGUUGCUCUGCUUGAGAUUGUAGUCAUGGCUGAGAGUGAAAUCAAGCUUCUGGGUGCAUGGCCAAGCCCAUUUGUGAUGCGAGCUCGGAUCGCCCUUAACAUCAAGUCCGUAGACUACGAGUUCCAUCAAGAGAAACUGGGAUCCAAGAGUCAGCUCCUCCUCGAGUCCAACCCAGUUUACAAGAAAAUCCCAGUUCUCAUCCACGAUCAGAAGCCCAUAUGCGAGUCCCUCAUCAUCGUUCAGUACGUCGACGAGGCUUGGUCUUCCGGACCCUCCAUCCUCCCUUCCGACCCUUAUGACCGCGCUAUUGCCCGCUUCUGGGCUGCCUAUAUUGACGACAAGUGGUUUCCAUCGCUGAGUGGAUUAGCGAAGGCUCAAGGAGAGGAGGCAAAGAAGGCGGCGAUGGAUCAAGUGCUUGAAGGGUUCCUGUUGUUGGAGGAGGCGUUUGGGAAGUGUAGCAAAGGGAAGGAUUUCUUUGGCGGGGAUCGAAUUGGGUACCUUGAUAUUGCUUUGGGUUGCUUCUUGGGGUGGCUGAGGGUGUCGGAGAAGAUGAAUGGUGUGAAACUGCUUGAUGCAGCCAAGACGCCUGGUCUGGUUGGAUGGGCGGACAAGUUUUGCGGGGACGAUGCCGUGAAGGAUGUGAUGCCGGAGACUGAUAAGCUUGCGGAGUUCGCUAAGAUUCUUUUCCAGGCCAAGGCCAAUGCUCCUCCGCCGGCUAAUUAAUUACCAUGUAUUAGCUAACGGGAUCUUUUAAGUGGAGUAUGGAUUGGUUGCAGUGUUCAUCGGCGCAAACUUGGUUUGUUGUGCCUGGUUUUUCUUUUUUCCCCCCUUUUCUACGUGAGUACAUGAUGAUAUUCUGGUUAAUAGACGCUAUCCUCAUAGGUUUAUUUACCACGAUUAUAGCUAUUCCUCCUGUCAACAUCCUUUGAGGCAAGGUUUUUAUGAUAAGAUUUUAUAAAUUAUCAUUUUGAUGAAA